CGUUUCUAUUCUCUCUCUACUGUAAUUCCAUGGAAUCAGGAGAUACUGGCUCUGUAAGAAAUUGGAUCGGAAGUUUAGGCUACGUUACAAGAAGGAUGAUUUUCAGCAUCCUAUCCGUAGGUCCAUUACCAAACCACAUCGCGUUCAUUAUGGACGGAAACCGUAGAUACUCAAAGAAGCAUAAUCUCGGCGAAGGCGGCGGUCACAGAGCCGGUUUUAUCGCGCUCAUGUCACUAAUGAAGUAUUGUUACGAAUUAGGUCUGAAAUACGUCACGAUCUUCGCAUUCAGCAUCGACAAUUUCAGAAGACGUCCAGCCGAAGUCCAAUCCGUAAUGGAUCUAAUGCAAGAGAAGAUCGAAGGAUUACUCAAAGAAGCGAGUGUAGUGGAUCAUUACGGAGUUCGAAUUCGUUUCGUCGGAGACUUGAAACUUCUCCAUCCGCCGGUUAGGGAAGCGGCGGAGAAGGUUAUGCGCGCGACGGCUAAUAAUAACAGGACGGUUUUGUUGAUCUGUGUAGCGUAUACUUCUUCGUAUGAGAUUGUGCAUGCGGUUGAAGAAGCUUGUCAUGAGAAAUUUGAUAAGCUUCGUGAAUUGGUAGAUCGCAAUGAAGAUGAAGAAAAAGAAGAUAAGAUGAUUAAGUUGGUGGAUAUUGAGAAGCAUGCUUACAUGGCGGUUGCGCCGGAUCCAGAUAUAUUGGUGAGAAGCUCCGGCGAGACUCGCCUGAGUAACUUCCUUCUGUGGCAGACGACGAACAGUCUUUUGUAUUCUCCGAUGGCGCUUUGGCCGGAGAUGGGUUUUACGCAUAUUGUUUGGGCUGUGUUGAAUUAUCAACGUCGUUAUGCUUACUUUGAGAAGUUGAAGAAGCAGAUUUGAUUUUAUUUCUUUUUAAACAAGAAAUUUGAAUC